CAUAGGUGUAUAAUUUUUAGAAAAAAAAAUUAAUACAGUGAUACUCAUUUUUCAUUUACGAUGACAUGACUCAAAGCUUCUAAUUUAUUGAUCGGAAAGGAAGCAUACUUAAAGGUGUGUGAUUGUGAAAACAAAACAUAAAGUUGACGCUCUCUAACUGCGGAUAGGGUUUGUUUUGAGAAGCGACAACUAAACGUUUCUUACCAACCAGAGAAAGUUACAAACAAGUGAUGCAAAAAUAAUCCUAAAACUCAAUUAAAACCCACACAUCCCUCUCUCUGUUAAAUCUCUUCUUCUCCAUAACAGAGUAACAGCAACCCCCUCUCUCUCUCUCUCUCUCACCGUAACCUAGGAAAAUACAAAUACCAACCCACUAAUGGAGAGGUCAUCCGUAAUCCAAGAAUCCCAAAACCCCUCACUAAUCCCUUCCCCAAACAGCUCGAGCAGCAGCACUUCCACCACCACCAAUGGCCUCCGCCACUCCCCUUCCUCCAUUCCCAUCACAAGAUCCGACCCCAACAACCCCUACCCGACCACCUUCGUCCAGGCCGACACCUCCUCCUUCAAGCAGGUCGUCCAAAUGCUCACCGGCUCCACCGACGCCGCCGCCCCCGCCCGCCCCGAACCCUUCAGAAGCCCGAUUCCGCCCAUCAAGAGGAAGGACAAAUCCUCCUCCAAGCUCUACGAGCGCCGGAACAGCCUCAAGAAUUUCAAGAUCAGCCCUCUCGCUCCCGGCUUGGUCAACACCAGGCCGGCUUUCUUAGCCGGGUCGCCCCGCCCCGGAACACCCGAAGUUCUCUCCCCAAGUAUUCUUGAUUUCCCCUCGCUGGUGCUCAGCCCCGUCACGCCUCUCAUACCCGACCCGUUUAAUCGCGCCACCAAUUCCAAGAGCAACUUGAACACCCUGGCGGAGGACAAGGCGAUUAAAGAAAAAGGCUUUUAUUUCCACCCCUCGCCGGCGAAUACUCCGCGGGAUUCGGAGCCCCGCCUUUUACCGUUGUUUCCGGUCACCUCACCUAGACUAGCCGGUUCAUCCGCUGCUGCUGCUGCUGCUGAUUCCUGAGUGAGUUCUUUUUUCUUUUCUUUUUGUCGGGUUAAUUUAAAUCGAUUUUCAUUUUGGUAGUUGUGUUUUAAUAUAUGAUGUACCAUUCUGAUGUUGUAUAAUCACAUAGAUAUGAUUUGGGAUGGGUGAGGCAACUCAUGUUGUUUAUGCCAUUAGUCUUUUGUAAUUGGAAAUUUGGAUAGGAAGGAUAUGAGUGAAACAACCCCCUUCUUCAUUUCAA